CUUUGAAUUCCUAACCCUAGAAUUUCCUAUCGUCGAGGAGCGAUGGUGUGCAUAAGGAAAGCGACGAUGGACGACCUGCUUGCGAUGCAGGCCUGCAACCUGCUUUGCCUGCCGGAGAAUUACCAGAUGAAGUACUAUCUCUAUCACACUCUCUCCUGGCCCCAGCUUCUCUACGUCGCCGAAGACUACAAUGGCAAGAUCGUCGGUUACGUCCUUGCCAAGAUGGAGGAGGAGUCGAACGAGUGCCACGGCCAUAUUACCUCUCUCGCUGUCCUCCGCACCCACCGCAAACUUGGCCUUGCCACCAAGCUCAUGAAAGCCGCCCAAGCCGCCAUGGAGCAGGUUUUUGGAGCAGAGUAUGUGUCACUUCACGUGAGGAAGAGUAAUCGAGCGGCAUUUAAUCUAUACACUGAAACGUUGGGUUAUAAGAUUGAUGAUGUAGAGGCAAAGUAUUAUGCUGAUGGAGAGGAUGCAUAUGAUAUGCGGAAGCAGCUGAAGGGUAAGCAGAAUCACCAUCAUGGACAUCAUCAUCACAACCAUCAUCAUCAGCAUGGUGGCGGUUGUUGCUCGGGUGAGCCAAGGAGUGCAGAACCAAGAGGGGAGGCAAAAUCGGACCCCAAAGCCAGUACAAAAUCAGAGUCAAAAUCUGGCAGUUGAUGGUUUGCAGUUUUUGUUAUCAUGUCAUGUUUGUUGGAUUUUUAUAUGGCUCUGCGUUUAUAGAUAUGUUCUAUGAGUGUGCAAUAAUGUACUCGAGGAUCGGUUGAUUCAUCGAUAUAUGACUAUAUGUUUACUGUUACUGGCGUGGUUAUGUAAUGUUCUUUCCUGCUUUCUUCUGGUAGACUUGUUUAAUGGGUAGAAAAUUGUGUGUUUCUUUUCAA